AUGGCAGUGCCUCUGCUGCAUCUUUCAACUCACCUCGGUAUUCCACCGACGGUCCUAGCGCUGGCUCUGGUGGUGCUGCUUCUGAUAUUGUACCUGCUGCGAUGGGCGCUCUGCCCCACGCUCGACCCUCGCGAACCGCCGAUGCUGUGGCCCAAGAUCCCGCUCAUCGGCCACAGCCUGUCCAUCGUCUCCGAGGGCGGGGAAUACUACGGCCGCCUCUACAAAGCCACCCCCCACCCCGCCCUCACCCUCCCGACCCUAACCCAAAAGCUCUACCUCCUCAACUCGACCACCCUCAUCGCCGCCGCCCUGCGCAGCCCGACGCUGUCCUUCGACCCCUUCAUCGUGCUGUUCUCGCGCAACGCGCUCGCCGCCUGCGCGACCCGGCCUACCUGCGCGCCGUUUAAUCCGUCCAUGUCGGGCGAGUGGUUGCGGGGAGUGGUGGCGGUGGCGUUGGGGGAGAUUGCGGGGCGGUUGAAUGAAUUGGGGGUGGGGGGUGGUGGUGCUGGUGGUGGUGAUGGUGGUGUAGGCUGUGGUGGUGAUGGGGGGGUGUGUGAGGUUGGGCAUGUGGGGGAGUGGUUGAGGGAGGGGAUCUCGAAGGCCGUGGUGAGGGCGUUGUAUGGGAGUAAGAAUCCGAUCACGUUGGGGAGGCUUUAUGAUAUCUGGUGCGUUUUCCUCCGGGUGUCGGUUGCCGGCCGGGGCCGCAUACAGGCAGCGUUGUACGAGUAUUAUCGGGAGGGGCAUGACCAAGGCCCGGAUGUGUCCGCUUUUAUCAGGAACCGUGCGGCGGCCAAGCGGCAGAUGGGGGUUUGCCCUGCUGAUCUGGCCUCGGGCGAGACCGACAUCCCCUGGACGGCUCUCACCAACACCAUCCCCUCGCUAGCCUGGGUUUUUGUUAGUGUGGUUGCGCGCCCUGACUUUACGGAGCGGGUGCGCCAGGAGACGGCGGAGGCGACUACCGUGGAUGGAGACAAGGCCAGCGUGAAUAUGGAGGAGCUCGGGAAGAAGCCUUUCAUCAACGCCGUGGUUCAUGAAGUGCAACGGAUGUACAACAAGCUCUGCGGCUAUCGGGAAGUGCUGGAGGACACAAUGUUGCGGGGUGCGGACGGGCGAGAGUACCUCCUAAAGAAGGGAUCCAGCGCGCAAUGGUUUCAUGGGGUGCCGUAUCUGAGCGAGGACAUCUGGGGGCCAGAGGCGACAGUGUUCAAUCCUGAGAGAUUCAUUCACACGCCGGCCGAGGAAGAGAAAAGACUGCGCGGGGCAUAUAUCCCCUUCAGCGGGGGGUAA